AGGGUGGAGAAGUGGAGGUCAGCAAGGAGGACGUUGGCGAAAUCGUGUCUAGAGGUGACCAAAGCAUGGCUAAGCUUCCCAACAGCAAUGGCCUGAGACUGGGCCUCGGGAGGAGGAAUAUUUUGUGGAGUGAUGUCAAGGAACAGCAUUAAUGGAGAGCCUAGAUGGUAAAACAAAAUCAACUGAACCUAAAGUUUGGACAGCUUCUGAUCAAUAUCCUUUCUUGCUGCUGCAUGUAGACAAACUUUGAUCUUACAGCACAGAAUGAGCAGAAUGUCUUCCAAGCAAGCCACCUCUCCAUAUGCUCCUUCUGCUGAUGGAGAGGAAGCAAUGGUCCAGGAACGAUUGGUACGGGAGAGGGAAAGGGAGGAGCUCAGUGAUCAACACACAGCCCCACAUCUGCCCCUCCAUACAUUAGUAAUCAACAAACCUCACUCUGAGGAGCUACCCGCUGUUGUCAGCAGCCUCCAAGCAGACAGUGAUUGGGAAAACAUGGCGACCACCCAACACAGAACGGAUUCUGACAACAACAAAGUCUGUUCCCUAUACUCUUUCCGCAAUGCAACUACCUCACCACACAAGCCAGAUGAAGGGGCCCGUGAACGCGGUGACGUUAUGACCGGUGCAGUCUUUGGAACACCUGAGCGCCGCAAAGGAAGUUUAGCUGACGUGGUGGACACACUGAAACAGAAGAAGCUCGAAGAAAUGACAAAGACUGAACAAGACGAAUCAUCUUGUGUUGAGAAGUUUCUCUCAAAGGACUGGAAAGAGAAGAUGGCUGGACUCAAUACAGGGGAAAUACUUGGUGAGAUCAAAGGUACACCCGAAAGUCUUGCCGAAAAGGAACGCCAGCUGUCUGCCAUGAUCAAUCAGUUAAUUAGUUUACGGGAGCAGCUCUUGGCAGCACAUGAUGAGCAGAAGAAGUUAGCGGCAUCACAAAUUGAAAAACAGAGACAGCAGAUGGAGCUUGCCCGCCAACAGCAGGAACAGAUCGCAAGACAACAGCAACAAUUAUUACAGCAGCAACACAAAAUCAACCUUCUCCAACAGCAAAUCCAGCAGGUUCAGGGUCACAUGCCUCCACUCAUGAUCCCAAUUUUUCCACACGACCAACGGACAUUGGCAGCGGCUGCUGCAGCUCAGCAGGGAUUCCUCUUCCCCCCAGGGAUAACAUACAAACCAGGUGAUAGCUACCCUGUGCAGCUCAUUCCAUCGACAAUGGCAGCUGCAGCUGCGUCUGGACUCAGCCCACUACAGCUCCAGCAGCUGUAUGCAGCACAGCUUGCCAGUAUGCAGGUAUCACCGGGUGCAAAGAUCCCUUCUACUCAACAGCCUACAAAUCCUGCUGGUGCUCUAUCACCCACAGCUUUGAAAAAUGAAAAGCAGGGGACAAGCCCUGUAGCUCAUGUGAAGGAUGAAGCAGCACAGCCACUCAAUCUGUCAGCCCGACCCAAGACUUCAGAACCCGUCCGAUCUCCCACAUCACCCACCCAGGGUUUUUUCCAUUUAAACAAAUCUAGUCCGGUCAACCUGCCCAACAAAAGCAGCAUCCCCAGCCCUGUAGGUGGCACACCAGGAAGAGGAUCAUCUUUAGACAUCCUCUCCACUCUGAAUUCAACAGCCUUCCUGGGUGAUCAGGAUGCAGUGAUGAAGGCCAUCCAGGAAGCUCGGAAAAUGAGAGAGCAGUUGCAACGAGAGCAGCAGCUACAGCAGCCUGGGCUUGAUGGCAAAAUAUCCUCUAUGAAUAGCCUGGGAAUUAACUGCACGGGUAAUAAGGUGAGUCUGUGUAGUGGCACUGCACAGAGAAAUUUCUAGCAACACCAAAGAAGU